AUGGGCGGCAGCACCGUCACCAACGCCAUGAUGUACGUGCGCGGCCACCCCGCCGACUACGACGAGUGGGAGCGCCUGGGCAACGCCGGCUGGGGCUACCGCCACGUGCUCCCGUACUUCCGCAAGUCGGAGAACGUGCAGAUCCCGGAGCUUCGCAGCAGCCCUUUCCACGGCACGGAGGGCCCGCUGCCCGUCAGCUACUCGCCCUUCGCCUCGCGCCUCAGCGACCUCUUCCUGGAGGCGGCCCGGGAGAAGGGCAUCCCGCAGGUGGACUACAACGGGCAGUCGCAGAUGGGCGUGUCGCGCAUCCAGACGACCACGUGGCGCGGCGAGCGCUGGAGCACCAACCGCGCCUUCCUCUUCCCCACCAAGCGCCGGCGCAACCUGUUCGUGCGCAAGCGCGCGCUCGUCACGCGCGUGCUGCUGGACGCGGCCGCCAGGCGCGCUGUGGGCGUGCGCUACGAGCGCGACGGCGCCAGUCACGUGGCCACGGCCAGAAGGGAGGUGGUGCUGUGCGCAGGCGCUAUCAACACCCCGCAGCUUCUGAUGCUCUCUGGCGUCGGCCCCAGCCACCACUUGCGAGACAUGGGCAUCCCCGUGCGGAAGGACCUCCCGGUCGGCCAGAACCUCGUCGACCACACCAUGUUUUUUGGACUCGCGUUGCUUUUCAACGAGUCGGUGGCUCCGAGCGAAAAUGUAUUUCAUGAGCUUGAAAAUUAUGUCGAUUAUUUCUCGAAGAGACAGGGGCCACUGUCUAAUAUAGAAUUCUUAGAAAUGGUGUAUUAUUUUCAAGCAGGCCGGCCAAUAUUUGAUUCGGCACCCAAUAUGGAAAUGUAUAUGUUUGACUAUCCGCCAGUUGUAAAUUAUGACAAUUCUAAUGUGAAUAUUUAUCAAAACUUAACUGGAAAACACUCCUCUCUUCCUGUUCUCGUACCUCUCCGGCCUGCAAGCAAAGGAAACGUCACUCUUGCCUCGACGGAUAUUCACGUUCAACCGAAAAUCUUUCCCAACUUCUUCGGCGAAGAAGAGGAUGUUAAGAAUGCUGUGGAAGGGUUGAAGAAAAUGUUGGAGCUGUUCCAAACUCAGGCGUUCCAGAAAGUGGGCACCAAGUUGUUUGACGAGAAGCUGCCAACGUGUGAGAACCACGAAUUUGCCUCUGAUGACUAUUGGGCGUGCGUUCUAAAACGGUUCUCGCUUACGUCCUUCCACCCGUGCUGCACUUGUCGCAUGGGGCCCAAGGACGACGUCUCUUCUGUGGUGGAUCCUGAUCUGCGGGUGAAAGGAAUAUUCAACCUGAGAGUGGCGGAUGCUUCGGUCUUCCCUACUAUGGUCUCUGGGCAUUUGCAAGCACCAGCGCAAAUGGUUGCAGAAAAAGCGGCAGAAAUGAUUUUGAAUUCCCAUUGA